GGUGUUGCUGCUGCGGCUUUAUUUGAUUCAGAGAGCACUGCUGCCUGGAUGUGCGAGUAAAGAAGGAAACUGCUGGUUUCUUGUGUUUAUCUCAUAGUUAUAGUUCUUUUAAUUAGUACUCCUGUGAUUGUCUGGCUAAUGUAGAUAUGAAUGCACGUUUUGAACGAGUGAACCUGCCCACGGUGUUAAGUAUGUGAGGUUGUGGUUUCCAUUCUGCGCCAGCCUCUUAUUGAAUCAGUCGGCUGGGAGAGCAGCUUCACAGUCAUCAGCUGGUGAAUAAAAAAGUCCUUCCAAUGUCUUUAUUAGAGGAUAUUGUGGAUGUACUGCACUUGGUACUGGAGUACUUUGGAGUGCCUCCAGAAAUGCUGGUUCCCGUAUGGGACAGUGACCUGUGUGGCCAGUAUCGCAGCAUCGUGCGGAUGAUCGGGACCAACUUCCCACUGGCACCUUUACCACGUGUCCACUUUCAGAUUCCUAAACUCACCUAUCAGACCCAUAGUCAGGAUGACAAUACUGUGGGUACACAUGCCAUCCCCUCAUUCGCUGACGUCCUGUGGGUGUUUGAAGACGAGGGGGAAAACUUCGCCAAGACGAGGAACCACUUGCCUCCAAACAAGCAGAGUACUGUAAAUCGAGGUGCGCAGAGGUUCCCAGGACCGAGUCAAGCUCAGAGGGGAGUCCAGUCUGUGAGGCCCACAGCUAAUCCAGAUGCCCUGCAGAAAAUCAGCGCAUUGGAGAGCGAGCUGCUCAAACUACGAGCUCAGAUAGCCAUGAUUGUGACUGCUGCUCCAGCUUCAGGUCCUACAGAGUCCCACAAUGCACCUUUUUCGCCUCUGAUGUCUCCCCCCCCUCCACCAGCUCUUACCUCAACACCUCGCUGUGCUGCUCCUCCUCCACCACCACCUCCUCCUCCUCCCCCGCCUGCCCUCUGUGUUAGCUCGGCUACUGAGAAAAUGUCUGUUCUAGAGCUGGUCCGCCAGCGCAGGACGAACGGGAAAGAACAUGAUAAGGGUCAGCUAAGACCCCAGAGUGAAGAGAAAGGGAUGCCAUCCAUGCUGGAUGUUCUCAAGGACUUGAAUCAAGUUAAAUUACGUACGAUUGAAAGAUCCCCAGGGGGAACACCGGUCAGAAAGAGGCGCAGUAAGGGAGGGCCCGCAUCGCUCAGUGACCCGGCUGCUCUUAUUGCUGAAGCUCUGAAGAGAAAGUUUGCCCAGCAUCGACACAACUGUUCAUCAGACAAAGAGAACUCACUUGAGCUCUCACCGUUCGGCAGUCCAGAAACGCACAAGGUUCCUCUCCAUAACAGACGCAGUCAGGGUCGCCUCCACCUCUGAUCCUGUUCAGCGGCAGCUUAUCACUUAAAGAUGUCAAAAAUCAAACAUCCAGUCAGUCGAAUACAGCUCACACUGAUGUGCCUCGGACACAGAUUACUACUGCAGCUAAUACCUUGCACUUCACAUUCUUUGGUGUCUGUUCUUUUAUUCCCUUUUUAUGUUUGUUUAAGCUGAACAAAGUGAAUUUUUCUGUUUGUUGGCAGGCUUGAAUGUAUGUUUUUGAUCCAGUCUUUGCUCUGAAGAAGGGUUUGGUACAGUUAUUUUAUUUUAUACAGUGUUAUUCAUACAUUUGUGUCUUUUUAAAGAAUAAUGUGUAUGCGUGGUGGCUUGUAGCUAUCCUUUUUAAUGUCUCUUAAAGUAAUAAUGAGAGGCCUUAAUUCUUACCUCAGUCAUGUGAGAUGAAUAACAAUGGAGGUAAUAGGUUAACACAGCUCUACUCUAUGCAACUGCUGUUUAAGAUUUGAUUUUAUUAAAAUGUUUUAUCCGCUUUCA